AGGGUCAUAUAAAUAUUUGCUUAGAACAUUCUGCUCUCUCAGAAGGGUAUAAAUAGGCAGACUAACAGCUUACACAUCCUGCCUAAGUAGAGGUCUGAACGGGGAAAGAUGCAGGGAUUUCUACACUGCGCGCUGACCUCCUUGCUCCUCGUCGUGGUGUGGACCCACCCCCAGGGUGGUGAUCACAAGGCCCACCAACAGCACCUGCACCAUGAGAUGGACAAGCCCCACCCUGUCCAUGGCAAAGGGGAGGAAGCCUGCCACAAGCUAGCUCCACCCAAUGCUGACUUUGCCUUUGCCCUCUACAAGAAGAUGGCCACAAAGUCAGAGUCCAGAAACGUGUUCUUUUCUCCACUGGGUAUUUCCACUGCCCUGUCGCUGCUCGGUGUUGGGUCCAAAGGUGACACUCAUCAGCAGCUGUACCACGCCUUGGGCUACAGCCAAUUCACCACCGCCCAGGUGAAUGAGGCCUAUGAGCACCUGCAGCAUAUGCUGGGCCACAGCCAGGGGGAACUGAAGCUGGACAAAGGGAGUGCCAUAGUCCUCCAGGAUGGCUUCAAACCUUUGCAGAAGUUCCUGGAUGAUGGCAAGCAUUACUAUCAAGCCCAGGGCUUCACUGUUGACUUCAAGAAGCCAGAGGUAGCUGUCCAGGCAAUCAACAAAUUCAUUGCGGAGAAGACCGACAACAAGAUCCCUGACCUAUUGAGCAGUGUGGAAAGUGACACUCUCAUGGUGCUGCUGAACUACAUUCAUUUCAGAGGCAAAUGGGAGAAACCCUUUGACGCGAAAAACACUGGGAAGGCAGACUUCAAAGUGGACGAGAACACCACAGUCUCAGUGGACAUGAUGAAGCGAAUGGGCCGGUACAGCUACUACUACGAUCGGGAGAACCACACCUCAGUGCUGAUGCUGCCGUACAAGGGAAACGCCUCCAUGAUGAUCCUCCUCCCCUGUGAGGGCAAGAUGAAAGACCUAGAGGCCAUUCUCAGCAAGGAGUACAUCAGACACUGGCACGACAGCCUCUUCAAAACUGUGGUGGAUCUGGAAAUGCCCAAAUUCUCAGUAUCUGGGUCCUACUCCCUGAAGGAGUUUCUCAAAGAGAUGGGCGUGGUUGCGGCAUUCUCUGACACAGCUGACCUGUCUGGGAUCUCCGAGGAUGUCGGCCUGAAGGUGUCAAAGGUUUCCCAUAAGGCCGUUCUCAGUGUGGAUGAGAAGGGCACAGAGGCCGCUGCUGCCACUGUCGUUGAGAUGAUACCCAUGUCUCUGCCAGACACGGUCAGCCUCAACCGGCCUUUCCUGCUGCUCAUUCUGGAGGAGUCCACCAAGAGCAUUCUCUUCAUGGGCAAGAUCAUCAACCCCACAGCCCAAUAGACUCAUCAAUGGCCAGGAUUCUGCAGCAGACUUUCAGAUUGAUAUGAGCAUUUUUCAAAAGCAGCACUGAAGCAGUGUUAUGGAAACUCCACUCCACCAGCAGGGGGACUUGGUGCUCAUCAAAUGUCCACUAUUGUGCAUACAGGGCUUGAGAUUUCUUAUAAGCACAGCCACCCACCUCCCACUCAUCUUGGCAGGCACAACGUUGGGAGGCUGUGCUGAGAAAAUGUAACUUCUGUGUUCCUCAUUGUUUCCCACUCCUCAAAAUUCAAAAGCCCCCCUUUCAUCAACACACUCCCAUACAGAAAGUAAAACCUUCAAAGAGAGUUCAGAUUCUGGAACAGAUCACAAACACUGACAAUCUUUCAUAUUUUUUUUUGGCAGAAAUGUAAUCCUAAAACAAUAUAUAAAUCACUCAAAUGCCCGCUUCCUGAACUGUGAUGAUUAAUGGCCAGACUGGUGCCUGUGAAAUGGCUAUUUUAAAAAUAAAAAUAAAGAGAAAAGGAAGAUUGCAUUGUUAACCACAGACAUGAUAAAAGGCUUAUUUUUGAAAUAUGCACAUCCAGCAACCAGGUAAUGGAGGACCAAAAAUGCCAAAAUAAAAACAAAUAAAUAAACAAUUCAAUAAAUGAAUGAAUAUCCAUCCAUCCAUUCUCUAAUCGCUUAAUCCAGGUCAGGGUCGCGGUGGCAAAGGGGCAAGCAAAGCAGCCCAGACGUCCCUCUCCCCAGCAACUUCCGCUUAAAUGAAUGAAUAAAUAUAUGUAAAUGCAGGAAAAAUGUCAAAAUAAAUGAAUGUACACAGAAAUAAAUUAAUAGAUAAAAUGCA